AUGUCCAAGGCUUCCACAUCCGGUCGUCAACCCUCCUCAAAGACUUCUGUGGCGAAGAGAAACGGGUCUGGUCAGAAUCAGACCAUACUCAACUUCUUCGCAAAGUCAGACAAGAAUGAUAUCACCGGCGCGGCUACGAGUGCUCCUCCUCCCUUGUUCUUCAAGGAUGUGCAGUCUACUAUUGAAGCGCAGGGAUUAGAGGAGAACGACGCCCGAUUUCACGAAAAUGGCGGGUCCAUCAAGAAGAGGCGAAUUCAUGAUGAUGAUGAGGAGAACUUCGAGGACCUUGUUCGCACCCCCUCACCUGGACUUGAGAGUGGUGCUGGUGAAGCCAGGAUGGAGCAGAACUUACACAGUGGGAAUGCAGAGCCAGUGAAGCCACCCAAGAAGUACAGAGGUGGAUUCCUGGAUGACUCAAGUGACGAGGAAGAUAUUGCCUGGACUGCGGCCAUCAAUAGUGCUGCCAAUGUCGCCGAUACCACGGAGCAAGUACGAGACACUAGCAACUUGGAGUCUGGGAGCACCAUUGACGUCGAUAUAGGACCCAGGACCACAAGAAAUGUCUCCCACCUGUUUGACUCGGAUCCUGUCUCCAGGAAAACCAGUGCCACCGACCAAGAUAGGUAUGAAGAUUCGGCAAUCCCUAGGAGAGAUGUCCCACACUUGACACGUGAAGAAACAAGUGUUUUCGAGCCUGGAGAUUUUGGAGAUGAUGAAUUUGAGAAUGAUGAAUUCUUCGAAGGAGGGGAAGAAUACAUGGAACGCAAGUGGAUGGAGGAGCAACGGGAGAUGGGGAUGGACUUUGACAACGAGGACUCGAAGUCAGAGACUGAGAGCGUCAGAACGCCACGAAGCGUUGUCGACGAUGACGUUCAAGUUGAUGCCGAGGAAGCUGGUGGCAUUUCAGUCUGCCCAAUGUGUACUGGGAACUUGAGAGGACUCUCCGAAAACCAGGCAUCGGCACAUGUUAAUGCCUGUCUCGAUGGUAAUGCUGAACCACUUUCAGAAGCACACGAUUCUCGAUCUGCAAACGAAACUCGCAUGUCCACCGACGUUGGUGAAGCGGCUGAUGUGCCAAAGCGGUUCCAGCGUGCGGCAGUUGCUCGUCCUGCCCAAUCCAACCCUUUUGCUGCUUCGAAAAAUGGGAAGGGAGGUUCUGCCUUUGCUAGGCUCAUGUUUGGCCAUGCAGAAGACGCUGCUUGGGCUGAGGCUGCUGCCCAUGAAGCUCGAUCUCGUGGGAAACCAGCCUAUCAACGUACCUGCCCCUUCUACAAGAUCAUGCCUGGCUUUUACAUCUGUGUCGACGCCUUUCGGUAUGGCAAAGUUGAGAAUCAAAACGCCUACUUUCUCAGUCAUUUCCACAGUGAUCAUUAUAUUGGCCUCACCUCUUCAUGGUGCCACGGGCCCAUUUACGCCAGCAAAGUUACCUGCAAUCUAAUGGUUCAGCAGCUGAAAGUCGAUCCCAAAUGGAUAGUUCCACUAGAAUUCGAGAAGAAGAUCGAGGUGCCGAAUACAAAGGGGGUCUUCGUCACCAUGAUUCCUGCCAACCACUGCCCUGGGUCGUCGCUCUACCUGUUUGAAAAAAUCACGGGUAAGAACAAAGAUGGAUCUCCAAAGCCAACCCGUAUCCUUCAUUGUGGGGACUUUCGGGCGUGUCCAGCACAUGUUGCUCAUCCUCUCCUGCGUCCUGAUGUUAUCGACAGCGUCACCGGCCUAACCAAGCAACAAGUUAUCGACACCUGCUACCUGGACACGACCUAUUUGACUCCUAAGUACGCAUUUCCAAGCCAACAUGAUGUCAUUGAUGCCUGUGCUCAGAUGUGUGUCAGUCUGUCCAAGGAGAUUGUGGACGACAGUGACGAUUGGGAGAAAGUUAAAGCCAACCGCGCCGGUAGUGCGAUGAAGAAGUUCCUUGAACAGGGUGAGGCCACCAUCGUGAGGCCGGAUGAUGAGGAGGCAGAGAGGAAACCGAAAUUACGAGGACGUCUGUUAGUUGUCAUCGGCACCUAUUCGAUCGGCAAGGAGCGAAUCUGCCUAGGAAUCGCCAAAGCUCUGAACUCCAAGAUCUAUGCUCCGCCCUCAAAGAUGCGCAUCUGUCUGUGCCUCGAAGAUCCCGAACUCAAUGCCAGACUAACGAAGAACCCACUUGAGGCACAGGUUCACAUGCAGACAUUGAUGGAGAUCCGAGCCGAAACACUUCACGACUAUAUGAUGACUUACAAAGGUCAUUUUGCUCGCGUGGUUGGUUUCCGACCAACGGGCUGGUCUUACCGGCCCCCAACAUCACGCUUCACUGAGAACCCGGCCGUCAGUACCGUGCUGCAUUCCGAUGGGUGGAAAACACGAUAUACUAUGCGCGACCUGGCUCCUCAACGUGGAAGCACAAGGGAGUCGAACUGCUUUGGAGUGCCUUACUCUGAGCAUAGUUCCUUCCGGGAGCUGACCAUGUUUUGCUGCGCUCUCAGGAUCAACCGCAUUGUUCCGACGGUUAAUGUGGGAAGUGCGAGGUCUAGAGAGAAAAUGAAGGGAUGGAUCGAAAAGUGGGAGGCUGAAAAGAGGAAAAAUGGAUUGUUUACAGUUCAGGCAGGGGCUGAGGGAUGGGGAAGUGGGGAUGGGAAGCUGAGCUAUGGAGUAUAG